CUACGAUCAGCCUUAGCUCUCCCCUCUUUCGUUCCCUGUUUUUCCGUUUUCCUUCUUAUGCAACUCCACUCCCCUCCGUCCAUUUUCCUCUUUCUUGUGUCUUCUCGUCCCCCUUCGUCAUUACUGCGGCACCCACAUCCAUCAUCCCACGGCAUUUGGCAUCCACCGUCAUCCUCCAACCCGCCUCUCCUCAGCCUAUUCCCCCGACCUCGGGCUCUUCUUCUCCCGCACUCUCUCAACUGGGUCCUCCCCAAUGAUCAUCACUGUCCACCCCCACACUUCGGACUUCCGCCGCCUCCCGUAGGAAACUCUCACACACUCUCACACACGCGGCAAUGGGGCUGUGGCAUUCUGAUUUCUCUUUCUUAUCCUUCUUCUUCUUCCUCAUCAUUGUGCCUGUGCUGGCGGACCUUUCGGUGCUGCCCACCAACGACACCCACGAUCUGGCCUGGUCCAGCUCCGCGCGCUUCCGCAUCCAAAGUUCUAGUCCACUCAACGGCCAGAUCCUAGCCCCAUUGACGCAGUACCUCGUCAAUUUAUCAUCCAGCCAGGCCCAGAGAUUCGACAUCGCCGGCACGAUCACUGAGGUGACUGCCACUAACUCUCUCGCCGUCAAUAGCACCAAGAUUGCCUGCAUCCCCUGUGACGGCUCUUCCGUAAAUUAUCCAGGAGAAUUGGGUGUUGAUCAGACAGUCCAAAGCGUGAUCACUGCUGCAGAGCCCGCCGCUGCCAUCAUCCUCUACAGCACAUCUUCUACGCACUGCAACCUGACUACGAAUGAUCAAGCCGAGGCAUAUCGCUACAUCUUCACCUUCCGAAAUUCAACUGCUGUCGCCGACCUUGAUCAAACCUUGAACGGUACUCCCAAUAAGACCGUCUCCAUCAUCCCAAUGUCUUAUCAAACUACUACUCCGGUUGAUACCAGUGCUAGCGGCACUGGUGACAGCCCCAACACGGCGAUGAUUAUCCUGUACAGCAUUACGGGUAUCAUCACGGCCCUCUUCUUGGGCAUCAUUAUCACCGGCGCCGUCCGUGCUCACCGUCAUCCCGAGCGGUACGGGCCCCGCCGAGUCGCUGGCCGGCCACGGCAAAGUAGAGCAAGAGGUAUAGCGCAAGCCAUGCUCGACACCAUCCCCGUCGUCAAAUUUGGCGAUACCAACGGCGUCGAUGCCGCCAAACGGGACGUUGAAAUGGCCAAUGCCGAGGAUCCCGCCCGCGAGCAUUCUCCUCAUCCGUCGGAUAGCAACUCCGAUGUCGGGCAGACGACUCCGCGCGAGACUGAACUGCCGAGCACUGCAGACGCCGUCACCGAACAGCCCGCUGCAACUGCCACCGAGUCAAAUCCCCACGCUGCUCCCGAUGGUGGUAACUUCUCUUGUCCUAUCUGUACCGAUGACUUCAUCAAGGGCCAAGAUCUGCGGGUCCUGCCAUGCAACCACCAGUUCCACCCGGAGUGUAUCGAUCCUUGGCUUGUCAAUGUGUCAGGCACCUGUCCUCUUUGCCGCAUUGACCUCAACCCACCCAAGACCGAGGAGAAUGCCGAACAAGAAGGCGAGAAUGCCGACCCGCAGAGCGCAGACACUGCCGCCGACACCACUACAACCCCAGCUACCGCCGGCGCUCAAAGUAACCGACACUCCCACCGAUUAACAAACUACCUACAUGGCCCCCUCAACGCCCGCCGCAUGCGCAAUGCUACCGUAGAGGAACGUCUCGCCGCACUCCGCCACGUCCGCGAAACCAACCAAGGCGAAGCCACCGGAGACGACGAGACAACUCGACCUAAUCGCAACCGCCUCUCAACCCGACUGCGCGAUCGAUUCCGCAUUCGCACUCGCGCCCACGGAGUCGACACUCUCACCCCCGUUCAAAGUGGCGCGGCGACACCCACCGUGCCACCGGCUGCGCAUACCACCAACUAGUCAGGACCAUCGGCCUCGACCCCACGAACGCCGACAUCGACACCCAUGCAUGCAUAACGACACUCCUUUUUUUUUUCUUCCAUGCACUCAGGGACCACUCCCUUUGACGAUAUGACGUUUUUUUCACGUUUUGAUAUUGAUGGCUCAUACACUGCGAACCACUUUUUUUUUCUGCAUUGGCGUUUGGGAAAUAUGAAAUCACAUCGAGAAUGUCUGGAUCUGACACGAAACUGAUUGGACGAUCGUGUGGAGCUCUAUGAGUUGGAUUUGCUUCUUUUUAUUACAUAUUGGGUCAGAAGGGUCGGCGUUUUUACGAGACCGGAGGAGAAAAGAUUCUGUUGUAUUUGUUCGUGGAUUUAUUAUCCGCUUUGUGUUUCUCGUGGCGCGUUGUAUAUAGGAUAUGUAUAUUUGCGGAAUAGGGUGAUUGUAGAUCCCAUCUUUUGGCUGUGCAUAUGAAGAUUUCCACUUGUCUUGAUCGGUGCUCGGUAGAUAUAUUACAUAUGGCCCGGAAAGUUUGGC